AGCUGUGUCCAAUCACAGCUGAUCACAUGGGACAUGUACACUGAUCAUCAGGGCACUGAUGAUCAGUGUGCCCUGAUGAUCAGUGUGGCUCCAGAAGUGCCACCUGUCAGUGUCCAUCAGUGCCUUUCUUUAGUGCUCAUCAGUGCCUCGUGCCAGUGCCCAUCAGUGCCACAUCAAUGCCACAUAUCAGUGCACAUCAAUGCCACAUAUCAGUGCCCAUCUGAGCUGCCUUUCAAUGUCACCCAUCACUGCCAGUCAGGGCCACCUAUCAAUGCCAAUCAGUGCCACCUAUCAGUGCCGCCAAUCAGUGCCGCCUAUCAGUGCUGCCCAUCAGUGUCAUGUAUCAGUGCUGCCUUUCAGUGCCCAUCAGUGAUGCCUGUCAAUGCUCAUCAGUGCAACCUACCAGUGCCUCCUCAUCAGUGCCCAUCAGUGCCACCUAUCAGUGUCCAUCAGUGCAGCCUAUCAGUGCCCAUCACUGCAGCCUCAUUAGCACACAUCAGUGAAGGAGAAAAUUCACUUAUUUACAAAAUUGCAUAACAAAAACUAAGAAAAAACUUUAAAUUUUCUGUGGUUUUUGGUUUGUUUAAGAAAAAAUAA